CUGCAGGAGGUGGAGUGGCCACAUUUAUUCAGCAGGGGAUUAAUUACAGAGCUUUAAAUGCAGAUAAAGAGGUUGAAACAGUCCUGGUUGAGAUCUGGGUAGGUAAAACUAAGAUUAAAAUCGUCAACUUUUAUAACCCUUGUAAAAGAAUCCUGAGAGAAAUGCUAGACAAUAUGUGUGAGGAGGGAAAUGGGAAGCUAGUAUUAUGUGGAGAUUUUAAUGCACAUAACACUCUGUGGGGAGGUACUAAGGUGGAUGAAAAUGGGAGCACUAUUGAGGAGUUUAUGGAUGAUUAUAAGUUGGUUUGUUUAAAUGACGGAAGGAAUACUAGGUAUGAUGCGUCUCAUGGAACAGGAUCAGCAAUAGAUCUUACAUUAGUAUCUGAUCAGAUAGCAGGGGUAAGUGAAUGGGAGGUUAGUGAAAAUUCUCUUGGCAGUGAUCACUAUAUUAUUUGGUUAGGUAUUAGAAAUCAAAAUGUGUGCCUUGAAGAGAAUUGGUUUCCAAGAUGGAGAAUGAAAGAAGCAAACUGGGGGUUAUAUAGCAUGAAGGCAAGUGGCAGGCUAAUGGGAAUAAUGUCAGAAAUGAGUAAUGAUGUUGAUGAGUUAAAUUCAACAAUUACAAAUAUUUUAUAUGAGUCAGCGGAGGAGGUUCUUGGCAAAUCUUCUGGGAUGAGGAAAAGAAGAAUGGUACCUUGGUGGUCAGAUGAUUGUAAGGAAGCAAUUAAAGCCAGAAAUAAAGCUUUCAAAAUUGUUAAAUCAAAUCAUUCCUAUACCAACUUAAUGGAAUAUAAAAAAUUACACUCAAGGGUUAAAAGAGUCAUAAAAGAAGCUAAAAGGACAUAUUGGCGUGACUUUUGUGGUAAAAUAGGAGCAGAAGUCAAAGUGGGUGAUGUUUGGAGCAUGAUUAAAAAGAUGGGAGACAUUAGAAGGGAAUUUUCUCUACCUGUAAUUAAAAAUAAUGAUAAAGAGGCAGUAACUAAUCAAGAGAAAGCAGAGAUGCUUGCAAAAAGUUUUGUUAAGGUUCAUAGUUCAAAAAACCUAACUGAUGAGGAAUUGUCUUGGAGAAGACUUUUUAAAGGAUAGAACAAUAGAAGUGAGAGUUGGGGUUAAUUUUUCUAACAUCUAUUCAAUAGAAAACGGAACACCUCAGGGUAGUGUAUGCAGUCCAGUGCUGUUCAACAUCAUGAUUAAUGAUGUUUUCAAUACAAUAGACGACAUUAGAAUUAAUAGAGCAUUAUAUGCGGAUGAUGGAGCUUUGUGGGUAAAAGGACGCAAUAUUGUUAAUAUUACAACCAAAAUGCAACUGGCUAUUAACAAGGUAGAAAAAUGGGCAUGUGAGUGGGGUUUUCAUUUGUCUAUAGAGAAGACUCAAUUUAUUUGUUUUUCAAAGAAAAGAAUAAAUCCCACACUAGAACUUAAGUUA